AUGGUGAAUACUCCACCUAGUUCUGUUCAUGGUAAUACUCCACCUCAUUCUGUGCAUAAUGAUUCUGAUAAUGAUAAUGAUGUUGAGAUAACUAAAAUAAGUUUUAUAGAUGGAACUUGUGUUAGGUCUGAUGAGGAUGAAAUUUUGGCUCAACAAUGGGAUAGGUGCAAUGCAGUUGUGUUAUCUUGGAUUCUUAAUUGUGUAACAGAAGAAUUGUAUCUAGGUCAAAUUUUUUCUAAAAAUGCUUCUGUAGUGUGGUCUAAAUUCAAAGAAACUUAUGAUAAAGUAGAUGGUGUUGUCACUUUUAAUUUGCAUAACAAGAUAAAUUCAUUGUGUCAAAAUGGUUCUGCAUUAUCUGAAUAUUAUCAUAAGCUUAAUUCACUAUGGAAACAAUUUGAUGCUCUAAUUAAACUUCCUACUUGUGUCUGUCAUGUUGCUAAAGAUUUUCAAGAACAUAAUAAAUUGAUUAAGCAAAUGCAGUUUCUUAUGGGUCUAGAUGAAUCUUAUCAUUCUGUUAGGAGUCAGAUUCUUACUAAUGAUCCCCUACCUUCUGUGAAAUCUGCUUAUGCUUUAUUAUCUAGAGAAGAGUCUCUUAGAAAUGCUUCUAUGAAUUCUGUGGUCAAUAAGUCUUCUUCUAAUGCUUUUGCUUCUAAAUUUGUGGAUAACAGAAAAAAGUUUAAUAGUGGUAAUAAUUUCAAUAGAGGUCCUAAUACUAAUCUAAACUGCACACAUUGUAAAGGUGUAGGACAUACUAUUGAUAGAUGUUUUGAGCUUGUUGGAUAUCCACCUGGUUAUAAAAAGAAAUCCAAUUUUCAGUCUUCUCAAAGAAAUGUUUAUAAUAACAAUGUUGUUUCAAAUAAGUAUGUUUCUAAUACUGAUAAAACUGGUGCUAGUUCUAGUACUAGUACUAGUCCUGCUUCUACUUCUUUCUCUCUUUCAACUGAACAGAUGACAAGACUUAUGAGUCUUUUUAAGUGA